AUUGGCAACGAACAAGAAUACACGUGUCCCGCUUCAAAGUUUUAUUUUAUUAAAGUUUUCAAUUUAAUUGAAAAGAAAUUUUCACCGGUGGUGCCUCCUGGUAAUUUUUACGCCAUUUUUUUAUGGCUGUAAGUAAUUUUCAGGAAUCCAGGAUGAAAGAAACAAUCAUUAGUGACAACGCCCUGUUAGGCGCUUGCAACUCAAGGAAACGGCGUGCUUUUGAUGACGAGGAGGUUGAUGUGACUUCCUAUGACGUUAGCAACCAAAACCGCUUCUCAAUUUUGAGUAAAAUUAAAUUUGUCGAUACAUCUAGCCAAGGUAAUUCUAACAAUUUGAGUGAAAGUAAGCCAGCUGCCAACAGCCGUAAGGAACGGCCCGCCAAGAAAAGUCCCAACAACGUGGAACCAAAAAAUAAGUUUUGUCCACCCAUCUUCAUUUAUGAUCAAGAUAUAAACUUGUUGGCAAAGCAACUGGAAGAGAGAGUGCCAGCCGGCUCUUUCAUAAUAAAAAAUGUGAACAAACAUAAAAGUAAACUGUACUUUAACGACGCUUCGCUGCAUAGCGAAAUGAUGGCGAUUCUUAGAGAAAAUAAAGUAAAAUCAUACUCUUUUACCCCUACUGAACUAAAACAAAUUUCCUUGGUGCUGCGUGGUUUGCAUUGUGGUUCCUCCGUUAUUGAGGUUAAGGACAUUUUGGAUUCUGAGGCGCCGGGCAUUGUAGCCCAUGUCUCGAAGUUGGUGACAAAACACUCAAAACAAAACAACUAUGACACCGGGCUUUUUUUAGUUACGCUACACCCAAGCAAAACCAAAAACGAUAUUGUUCACAUCAAUAGAAUUUUACAUCAAACCGUCUAUUGGGAAGUUCCCAAAAACAAGGAAAAGGUCAUUCAGUGCAGGCGCUGCCAACACUGGGGGCACAUUGCCAAAAAUUGUAAUUACCCGUUUAAAUGCGUUAAGUGCAGCGACAGUCAUGAGCCAGGUGCUUGCUCAUUAAAAGAAGCCGAAUCCAAUGUCCCUGUGUGUUCAAACUGCGGUGAAGCCGGUCAUCCUGCCAGCUGGAGGGGUUGUUCCUCAUAUAAAAAAUAUAUGGAAAAUAGAAGAAAUCUAUUGAGAAAAUCCAGAGAGCAGAGAGAGGUAGCGGCCCAGCAAGUUAAGAAGUCGAUUUCUGCAAUGAUUGUUCCUGCUUCGUUUUCAGAUCACUACCCACUAAAGUUACAAUUGCGAUUAGCUGACUUUGAAUUCAAUGUAAUACCAUCUAAUUCAUUCCAAUCGUUUAAGAAUACCAAUUGGUCUCAUUUUAAAAGAGAUCUUGAUGCAGCCUCAUCAGACCUUUUGCCACCUAUCAACAGAAAUCUGAGCAACCCCGAAAUUGAUAAUAUCGUGGACAAAUUUUCUCAAACCCUAGCAAACAUGGCUGAUAGACAUUCCACCAAAAUCGAACUAAAAAAUGGCAACUGGCCUCUGCCAGAAAACAUUAAACUAUUUCUAAGCCAAAAGCAUAGGUGGCAGAAACAAUUAAAGAGAAUUUAUCAUCGGAAUGGCAAUCGAACUUCUCCGGAAUAUAAUAUUCUGUCAAAGCAGAUCUCCUUGCUAAAAAUAAUUAUCAAUGACUUAAUCAGAUUGGAGCAAGCUAAAAGGUUUGGGAAGUUCCUGCAACAAAUUACCCCCGGUCCAUCGGCUUUUAAGCAGAUUAACAGAGUCAUCGGUAAGAGACAAUCAUUACAUAGCCACUGUAUUACAUAUAAUAACAUAUCGGCUACAAUUGAUGAAGAUAAAUGUACCCUAUUUCACAAUUAUUAUGGAUCAGUUUUCAGCGAGCAAGCCCCAGAUAGCCCUGUGGAAAACAUAGAUUCCAGGAUUGGUCGUUGUUUGGAAAACCUUCCUCGUCAAAUUUAUACCUUUAAUGAUGAUUUCACAUCCCUCGAUAAUGAAGACCUUUACCACUUCACAAAUUCGGAGUCUGUUAAAAGCAUAAUCGCCGCUUCUAAAAACAAGAAAUCCUGCAGCAUUGAUAACAUCUCGAACUACAUACUGAAAAAGAUCCCUGAGUCGGCCAUAAAACUCUUAGUCAUUGUCUUCAACAACUGUCUUAAUAAUGGGCACUUCCCCCCAUCGUGGAAGAUUUCAAAGAUAAUUCCCAUUAAAAAAAAGAACUCCUCAGAAAAUGUGGCUGAUUUCAGACCUAUUUCACUGCUCUCUAAUAUCGGAAAACUUUUUGAAGCUGUGUUAAAAUCAAAAAUCGAAAAUGAAUUUGUUAUAAAUCCUCUUUCAUACUACCAGUUUGGAUUCAGGCCUGGAAAUUCGACGCAACAUGCACUUCUUAAACUACACUCGGAUAUUGUCUACAACCUAAGAUUGCAGAAUUCAACAGUCGCAGUAUCAUUAGACAUUCAGAAAGCCUUCGAUUCGACCUGGCAUAAAGGUAUUAUUUACAAGCUAAUUGAACUUAAUGUUGAUCCAUUCCUCAUUAAGUUGUUACAUAACUACUUUCAGGACCGCAAAUUUUGUGUCCAAAUUCAAAAUGCCAUUUCGGAUUUUGGAGAAGUAAGAAGCGGAGUCCCGCAAGGGAGCGUCCUAGCGCCCCUCUUAUUCAAUUUAUAUCUUUAUGAUUUCCCACACCGCCACUUAAACUCGCAAGCUAUCCUGUAUGCAGAUGAUUGUCUUAUCUAUUCGCACAACCAAUUUCCAGACGAAGCUCGUAACGCAGUUGCCACACAUCUCAACAUCAUUAACAACUUUUACAAAAAAUGGGGCAUUAAAAUAAACCCCACAAAAUCUGAAGCUAUUUGCAUUCGCAAUGCGAGUGGCAAAUGUCAUAGACUGGUGGUGCCGCAAAGUAAAAACCUCUCUCUUCCGCUUGAUGGUAUCCAAAUUCCAUUCAAAACAUCAUUAAAGUAUCUAGGUGUAACCUUUAGUUACCUAUUUCGAUUUAAUCAGCAUGGUCGGCUUAUCACCACCAAAGCAAAAAAGGUUGCUGGAAUGUAUGCUGGUAUCCUCAAGAGUAAAUAUCUGCCAUCACAGACAAAACUUCUAAUUUAUAAGGUAGCGAUACGACCUCUGCUCAUCUACGCUUUCCCUAUUUGGUUCUCCAUUUCUCCUGUGGUGGCCAACAACAUGGAAAUAUUCGAGAGAAAUGUCUUACGCAAAUGUUUGAACAAAAACUUCCAAUGCUUCUCGAAACGUUACUCGAACGAAUUCAUUUACACCAACGCUUCCAUCAAACCUCUCUGUCACUAUGCGAUGCAACAACACCUAAAAUUCGCCGAAAGACUGGAGCAUCACGAAAAUCCAUUAAUGAACGAAAUCUUUGAAGCAAACCACAAUACCACAUGGACUUCGUCUACAUACCUAUCGUCAGUAGGAAUACUUCACGAAGAUCUUAAUAAUGUCAAUCUAACCUCACCUCCUCAAUUCUAUAUCAAGGCUGUGCCUUGUUCGCAUCGAGGAUAAAAUCUUACGUCUCCAGUAUUAUAUGUUUUUAAUGUUUUUUGUAUAUACGCUUAUAAUACAAUUAUAUGAACGCUAUAAUUUCGUAAUCUCAAUUAUAAAGAUUAUUAUCUGUUUAUACUUGUAUAUGUACAUACUGUAAUUGUACUUUCGAUUUACAUUGUUAUAAAAAAAAAAAAAACGAUUAUUGUUAAUUGUUAAUUUCAUGUUUUUAUUGUUACAGGAAAUUCAUUGUUACCCUGUUUUCUGUUAGGUUGUUUCCCUUAAUAUUGUUAAUAUCAGACCAAGCUCUGUACAACACCGUAAAUGUCGUGAGCAAACAUUGUUUUUUAUACUGUCACUAUAUUACAUUAAAUGUAUUUUAUAAGAACUAUUAAUUCGUAUCGAAUUGAAGAUGUCAACACUGUUAGAGUUUAUUAGUUCAAUACGUUUACAGAACUAAAAUCAACAUAUGUUAUUGUUUGUUACUAAAUAUAAAAUUGUAAUAUCUGAUAAAAAAGAAGUCUCAAUAAAGAAAAUUG